GACAAGAGGGAACCAUCAUGGAAUAUGUGUUAGUGAGGCCCUGAGGACUUGUUUUGGGGAGGCAGCUGGGGGCAUAUUAUCCAGAACACAUCAUCCAAUGGUCAAUGGCACUGGCUGACCAACAGAAUAGGUCAGGUUAAUGGAUGUACACACUGGAGUACAUAGCCAACAAGACUCAAGUUGUAGGGUCUACCGAGAGGACACUUACACCUCCUUUGGUUAUUUGUGGUCAAAGGUAGAUACAUCUUCAGGGCCAUGCUUGCAUCAACUGAUGAAUGGACACUAUCAACCUAGCUAGGGCCCUGGAGUGCAGGGGAGGAUGUUAAACUGUAGAGGUGAGACAGGGACACACAUGUACAUACAGUAAUGGGCAGCACAUGUUGGUCUGCUACACAUCAUAAUGACUGAUUAAUGAAGGAGCUGCUUUACCUGUGUAUAUACACAUCAUAAUCACUGAUUAAUGAGCAUCUCUACCUGCAUAUAUCUAUACCGUGACUUCUUUCUCGUAACUCAGCUUUCCUGAGAAUAACAUAUAUUUUAUCAUGGUCAACAGACAAAACACAAACAAAGGGAUUACUAAGGAAAAGAAAAACAAGGUUGGUAUGUGGAGUACACGUAAUAGUUCACCUCAGCAUUACACGUCACAACUGCUUAAUGUCUUUACACUAUGUGGUUGAGGAAUGUAACAGGAUUUCAUAUAGAUCUGCAGUGAUGUGUUACUCAUCCAUGGCCCCUCCCUUUGCCUAGCCCCUCAAUGGGGUUUAAUUCUUGUGAAUGUGGGAGAGUACAGAGGCCGGUGUUGUCAUCAGGUACAAGGUCAGGAAUCUUACCCGAUAAGAUAACACUACUACAACUCCUACUCACAGCCAUUCAUAAAAGUAAUCAGCGUGUACGAACGGCCAGUAAAAGCACAUGGUCCUCAAAAAGGAAAGAACCGUGUGCGGGUGAAUAAGGACACUGACUUAUGAAGUAGUAACUGGUGAUAUAAGUCUAGGUGUCAAACAGACUUUUGAAAAACAAAAAAUUUAAAUAACCAGACUGUAAGUCUUUGUUAAACUACAACACAAUUGUGACCUGUUCAACUGAAAGACACUGUGAUUUGCUUUGUUAGUUCAAAGAUCAGAGCACAGGACUUUAUUGCAGGAUUGGUAAAUUAAUCAUACACAGAUUACUGAACUUGAAUGGAUAUAUACCCGCCACUGAACACAGACAUGCGUGAACCACACCACCAACAGGACUGGAGCUACAUGUGUGUACAACACUAAUAGUACUGUGUAUACCUUACCUAGGUGUUGUAACCCCAGUGUGAUACAGCCCUUGGGGAACACGGUAGACACCUCACCUCACUCAACCCUACCAUAUACCAGUUUGUUUCUAAACAAAAAUCUUCAGUUGAUGCGAUUGAGAUAUGGACUAUAUGUGAUGUGAUUUGUAAUGGUGUCAGAGAAAAUGGCUGGAAGGAUGUUUGUAAUACAUAAGUAAUCAGUGAUAUCAUCAACAAAUAUACGUGUAAUGAGGUGGUGAUGUAACAUUUGGAAUGACAUCUUUAUAAAUAGCACUUAAGCUUGCUGACUGUUCCUCAGAUCAAGUUUACUGACUAAAUAUUUACUGGGCCAAUGGCCUCCUGUCCACUGGACUCUGUAUACCGAAGCACAUGUCAUUAGCUGAACAAAGACCAGGAAAUUGUCGCAGUUAAAUCAAAUUCUAAUGUUGAUCUCAUUUCCACAUUAUUGAGUUCAUUUCUAUGGUAUGAUAGGGAUAUACAGCACACAAGCUUUAUAAGGAGACAUUACGAAUUGCACAAGUCUCGGGUGGAGAGAGAUCUGUGUCAAUGAACAACUUGUAUGCCAUGUGAGGAUCGGCUCUUUGUCUAGUUUUUACUAUUGGUUUUACCUCGAGACAGUUAUUGGUGUGAUUAUUACCUGGACUUUUGGACUCUAUAUGAAAUCACUGCUUCAGUAUUAGUGUGUUUGUGUAGUAAUUGAUGUAUAAACAGACUACUGUGUGAGUAAGACCUUGUGGCUGUAAUUGUGGAGGUGUUGGGAUGCUUUUUUACCUAGAAGUCUUUGUCUAGUGAUACACAGGUAACUAGUAAACGGUCGUUAAUAGGACACAUCCUGUCAUAACAAAGAGGACGUAGUCGUAACAGGAUGUGGUGCUAAGGUCAGUAUAAUAACUUUAAACAUAAAUGGCUGAAAUGGCUGUGGUCAAGCGGGAAGUGGUCAGUAUUAUGGAUGCUGUUGAUCCUGUAGAGUCCACCUAUGUCAAAAAUUUGUGGAAAAGUCCUAUGACAAUGACUCCCCCUGCAUGUAAAAAGUGCCAAAAAGAACGAUCAAGAAACAGUCCAAAAUGGAAACAGAAAUCUCGCCAGAAGCCGACAAAAGCCAAUACCCCAAUUGUCAUCCAGUUAAAGGAUUCGCUAAAGGCAGCUCUGAGACAGAAACAGCGCUCUCUGGCAGACACAGAAUUCAAAUGUAAGGAUGUUGAGGUAUCUGUAGACAACGAAGGGGAUAGUUCUCAGGGUAGAGAUGACAUUACCACCAACAUCAAACAUCUCAAACGAAAGAAUGAUGUCAAACAUCUAAGUGCCUUAAUCUCUGUAAUAGAGAAAUCCCAUAAGAAAGACAGAUUUACAAAUUUUACACAUAGUGCCCAAAACAGAAAUUCGAAACUUGUGGCUAAUUAUGUUCUCAAUAAUGCAAACUAUGUAACUGACACAAAGGACAGCUCUCGGCCCAGAAGCAUCAUUGAAUGUGAAAAUAUUGAUGUCAUAUGCAACGACUUGAAUAGUAGUGAGAAAGGAUCUGUCACAACAGAAGAUACUGAGAGCGAAAAUGGAUCUACUAUCUCUAGUUCUGAAAUCCAGUCAGACUCGGAUCAGUCUGUUUCAUAUGAAAAUUCAGAGAAUUCCAGAAUGUCGAAAGAUGAGUUGGAGAAAUUGGCUCUUUUUACAACAGGUUGUCCCCUAGUACGGAUCGAUUGCCCGCCUUCAGAGUGUCCCCAGUGUCUCUCUGAUUUAUAUAAUAGUCAGUAUUACUAUAACCAUGGCGAUAAUGCCUUUGAAUUCCACAAGAGUCAGGAGAAUGAGGAACCAAGUUCUACGUCCUACACUGUGCCCACUUCUACUCAAGACUCGGAAGCAGAAGAGGUAUCUGUGAUAUCAUUAACCGAUUCUUCUGAAGCCUCCUCUGCCGUCGAUGAUUCCUCAAAGGCCUUACCUACCAUCCCACCUGUCCAGUCUAAAUUAUCCAAAAAUGCUCAACCAUUCAAAUCUAGAAAUCCAAAGAACAAUUACCAAAGAUCAGACAGGGAAAGACAACUGCUGGAUAUUGAUAUCGCUGGAAAGGGAGGUAAAUCCAGUGAAGACCUCUUCCCUGAUAGUGUGUACAUUGAUUUGACAGGAACUGAUGUAACAUUUACUGUGUACUACGAUCAUAGUUGGUUGAUGGAUACCAACGACUCAUCAAGCAUUAUAGGUCAGCUACACAGUGCUGACAAUAGCUAUGCAAUUUCCAGAAAUCAUUCCGUACCUGACUUUAUGCAGCAGCCAGGUCUUUUGGGUGACCGCCCUUCUGAAUCAAUGACAGAACUGUCUAAUAUGUUGGUGCCACACUGGUACUGGCCGUACAUGUACCCUCCAGUAUACAGUCUCACUUCCUCAAUCUACAACCAUCCUGUGAACACAACCAAUGUCCCAAAGACACAGAUGAUACCCCCAAAUCAACUUAGAUCUUUCAAUUCCACUCAGCCUCCCAGCAGACAGUGGGUAUGGUUAGCCAAUUCUGAAAGGAACAGACCAACAGCCAUCUUCACUGUGAUGUGCUACAAUGUAUUAUGUGAUAAGUAUUGCACAAGACAGCUGUACGGGUAUUGUCCCUCAUGGGCACUAAACUGGGAGUACAGGAAGAAGGGCAUCAUGGAAGAGAUCAAACAUUGUGCAGCAGACAUCAUCUGUCUACAGGAGGUAGAAACAGACCAGUUCUACAAUUUCUUCCUACCUGAGCUAAAGAGAGAUGGUUACGAUGGCAUUUUCUCUGCUAAGUCUCGAGCAAGAACCAUGACAGAAUCAGAAAGGAAAUAUGUGGAUGGUUGUGCAAUAUUCUAUAGAACAUCAAAAUUCUCCUUAUUGAAGGAACAUCUAGUUGAGUUUAAUCAGGUAGCCAUGGCCAAUGCCGAGGGCUCAGAUGAUAUGCUUAAUAGGGUGAUGACGAAGGACAAUAUUGGACUGGCAGCCAUGCUGGAAACCAAGGAGGGGGUAUUUGAAAAUGGUGCACCAGCAGAGAACUUUGUCCGUCAGCAAAUAAUGGUGGCAACUGCCCACAUUCACUGGGACCCAGAGUUUUGUGAUGUCAAGCUCAUACAGACCAUGAUGCUCAUGUGGGAACUCAAGCAUAUCAUCGAAGAAAGUAUUCGCAGCUUCCGGCCAGGUUCCUCUACCCCAGACAUAAACUCCAUACCGCUCAUACUAUGUGGCGAUUUAAACUCCCUCCCAGACUCAGGUGUUUUGGAGUUUCUCAACUCAGGAAAAGUAUCUAGAAAUCACAUAGAUUUUAAGGAGAGAGGAUAUGAUGACUGUCUACAACGCAUCAAUGUCUCCACAGAGAAAGAUUUCCUGCUUCAUGAUUUCCGUCUUGGUCGUGCCUACGACAAUGAUAUCAUGCCUUUCACCAAUUACACAUUUGACUUUAAAGGUAUCAUCGAUUACAUCUUUUAUUCACGUGACCACUUAAACUUGCUCGGUCUGCUUGGCCCCCUGGAUGCAGAUUGGUUCCAACAGAACAAGGUUGUUGGCUGCCCUCACCCUCAUGUGCCCUCAGAUCACUUUCCCCUCCUGGUGGAGUACGAGAUGCCAGUCCCGCGGUCGGAAAGCUCACGUCAAGCCAGUACAGCUAACACACCUGUUAAAAACAGAUAGUGCCUGGCACAGCUACUCUCACCUCAUCAACCAAGGAGACAUUGACCUUCAUCAGUUCAUACUCAUGUCACCAUGGUUUUCUUUUCCCUUUUUUGUAAUUUUUUUCUUUUUUGUGUUAGAAAUCAUUGUACCUUUGUAGAAAAUAUCUUGAGAGUAUAUUUAAUGUUGAUUAUGACAGAGUUUCAAAUUUUUACUGUUAUUUUUUAUUGUACAUGAGGGUUUUCCAACCAUUUUUAACACUGUCAUAUCAUGAAAACUACAAUUAUGUGAAUGAAUUUUUUAUAUAUACAAUUUUUUAAUAAAAUGCAAGCAUGGUGCACAACCCAUUUGAAGAACAAAAAAUAGGGGAGACAAUUCAUGUGUGAAAUAUUCGUGUGCAUUAUUUAUUGUUAGCUAUUUAUUUUGCCAUAUCAGUGUGUAUGGUCAACUUCUGUAUCAUGACAAGGGAAGAAGCAUAAUACACACAUCCAGGCAGUAUGGUCCCAAAGUCUUAACACAGUCGUUCCAAAUCUAUUUUCAUACAACUAGAUAAGAAAUGGCAAAUUUACAUGGUGUAAUUAUCAGGCCUAUCCAUUUUUUUCUUUUUUUUUUUUCAUAGAAGAAUGAAUUGAAUAAGAUUUAAAUGGAUUCUUGGUUUAUUCAAUACAGAUUAGAAAACUUUGUAUGGAAGGCCUGGCACACAGUGUCAGCUGGCAGCUAUAUGUCGGGUAAUGGAUUCAGUUAUACUCUAAAUGUAUCAACCAUUAUCAUAUCUAUCUGUGAUGUAGCAAACUGACACUAUUGAUGUCACAGAAAUGUCAUGUACAUCUGGGGUGUCACAUAUUAACACUAUUGAUGUCACAGACAUUGUCAUGUACAUCUUUGGUGUCACAUACCAACACUAUUCCUUUGGUGUCACAUACUGACACUAUUGAUGACACAGACAAUAUUGAUAUGAUUGACAUUGAAUAUAAACACAUAUUAGUUUAACAAUACUUUGAAGCUAAAGUAAAAUUCCUGUAAUUCUCUAACUCUCAGGAGAUAACAGUUCCUUAUGUCAUUUGAUACUGCUCUAAUGUAAUUAUGACUCUAGUUACAAUAUUUGAUACUAAAACAUCAAUACCUACUUUUGUUACUAUAGUUUCCGUCUCAUUGUUACUAUAGUUACAAGGUAAGAUUUUGAUACUAAAUCACCAAUUUCAAUAUUUGUUACUUCAGUUUCAAUCUCAUCUUUUUUUAUGAUAGAAAUAAUGACAGCAUUUGUUACUAUAUCUAUGUCAUUUUUGUUACUAUGGUAACAUCAGAAAGUUACAAUUAAGUUUUGUUAAUAUGUCACUAUAGUAACAACAGUGAUAUGGUGAUGACCUAUUGACCAGUUGGUCCAGUUUUGUGUGUGGUUCACUUUAGAUAUAUCAUAGUCUGGCCAGUAAAACACAGAUGUACACACCCCUGAUGUUGGCAUGUGUAAACUUUGAGGAAAUGAUUUCUUUUAGUUUUGCUUUUGAAUAUUACUGUUACAAUACAAGAUUCUUUUCAAAAAAUUUUUUUGCUCAGAAAAUAAAGAGAAACUUUUGUAUGAAACCUUGAAAGACUAAGAUUUUCUAUUGAGAUAAUGCAAUUGAUUAUAUUAUUGAGUGGGAAAUAUGUUAUGCAUUAUAACUUAUCCUAGUGCAUGCAAGUGUCUUUGAGUUGAAAAUAGUCUAUCAUAAUUUCUAAUGAAAAUGGAUGCAGCGAACUUAUUUGAUUUCUGAUACAAAAUAUCAAGCAAACAUUUUCUUGGGGCCAUUUCGUCUUUGCUGUAUUAUAGGAACACAUUUUAAUAUUCUGUAUUGUCAAAUUGUAUUGGUUUGAAAUUGAUUACUUAAGGUUUUGUAGGAAAAAUAUGCAAAAUGAAAUAGACAAGUCCAUUUAUGAUAUUUUAUUUCUGAUACAAGUACUGCAUUGAUGCUUGCCAAGUUGUGUAGACAAGCAGUUAUUGGUAUUUGUAGAAAUCUAUGCAGAGAUGUAAUGAAGGCAGGGGGCAUAUGGGUGGGAAUAUGGGCGAUGUACGAAAUGGCAGGGGAUUCAGUGAGGGACAUGGUCCACCCUCAGGCAAGGGUGAACAUGGUCCACCCACAGGCAGAGGGCUGGGCCCCUAAUCAUCACAUUUAUCUGCCAGACCAUUUAUACAUACAUUAAAAAAAAAUAAAAAUUUCAAGUGCAGCUUAUAAAGUCCUGAAAAAGGCCACAUAUUGUACCUUUCUCCACUCAAAGCCAUAAAGUAGUUGAUAUAUAACCUGCCAUAUUGUUACCUCUUUCCUCUUCAGUAGUUAGCAGACAGUGAUUACCUAGUGCUAUAGUCUGCCCUGACAGUGUUUAUGCCUUGCCUUACUGCUAUCAAUGGACCAGGAAAUCCUGGAUACAUGACAAUAUACAAUAUUAAUAUGAAGUACAAAUGAUUUCUUACGAAAGAGAAAAAUUCUUCAAAUGAACAAAAGUUAAAUGAAUUGUCUCGGUGACACUUCACACAAAAUCUAGAAUUGUAUAUGGUAUUCCCCUUUCCUUUUUAAUCUAUUAGCUCUGUGUGGUCAAACUUUGUGAAAUUAUUGAAUGAAACAAUGUAGAUAUUUGUGAAAUUUGAUCACACAUUUUUUACCUGUGUGUAGUCCGCAUACAAAACUUGAGAUGACUUGGAUCGAUGUAUUAGAGGAAGUAUUCCAGCACUAAUACUCCAUUCAAGUCAUCCAUAUGGCCACAGGAUUGGUUGUAUGUACAUAGUGGACCCCAUAUUGUGGUGAUGUUUUCCUGUACUACCUAUAAUGAUCUGAUUGAUGUGCUAAGUCUACCAUGUUUUAAUAUUGUGAGCAGUUUGCUACUAUUGGAUAAUGCAUUUAUGUUUUUAGUGUUAGUAAAACCCACCCAACCAGCAAUGUGUUGAAAUACAGUUGGUAAAGGGGCAUAAUUCUGCACAGAACAUGGUUGAGAGCAUAAUUUUACCAGAAUACUUAUUUCUAUCAGAUUUUGUUAACAUUUUUAACAAUGGGUAGACAUUCCUAAUUUUCCAAAAAUCUAUAUGAAAACUAGGCAAAUUUUUAAUCGUGAUCAUGUGCCAUCUAUUCUUUUUGAACAUUAAGUUCCAUUGAACAGAUUGAUUUGCUGCUGCUUGGCUCUAGUUUAAUACUGACACGAUAGCUGCAUGGUCGUGUCAGGUACAAUAGAUUUUGUGUAUUUGGUGCAAGGGUUAAAACACUGGUUGUUGUACUGGAAACAUCAACAUUCCCCUCAUAGCAGGACAAAUUGUCUGGCAAAAUACUCUCCAGCCUUGUGUGCAGUUAGGUUAUGUGUCUUCUGUGGAAAUCUCAAGGAUAAAAUAAUAAAAAACUGAGUAUUGUA